AUGUCACCACACCACGACGCCCCUUCUCCUGCCAACAGCUUCACUCAAGAUUUGGGUUUCCACCAUUCUGUGCAAUCUGUCUACCUGGCUGACCGCUACAACGACAUCGACACCAACUCCAUGACUUCUGCUGACGUUGGUAUCCGGCGGGCGCUGGUCCCUGGCAUCUACGUUCCUACCGUAGCAUUCUUCGACCCAGCUACGGACAAUGUAGAUGUCGAAACGGUAGCUAGCCACGCAGUCCGUCUGGCAAAAGCUGGUGUUGCUGGCAUCACCACCCAAGGAUCCAAUGGCGAGGCUGUCCAUCUGUCGCACAAGGAGCGUGACCUCAUCACAAAUACUACCCGCAAGGCUCUCGACGACGCAGGUUUUGGCUACAUGCCCAUCAUUGUCGGCUGUGGCGCCCAGUCUACUCGCGAAGCCAUCGAACUCUGUGAAGAGGCAGCCUCGGCUGGCGGAGACUAUGCCUUGGUACUGCCACCAGCCUACUACCAGGGCCUGUUUUCCAAGGACACUGUCAAGGAAUUCUUCAACGAUGUAGCCACUGCGUCUCCUAUCCCCAUUCUCAUCUACAACUACCCAGGCGCCGUUUCGGGUCUUGAUCUCAACUCGGACGUCAUCAUCGAGUUGGCCCAGCAUCCCAACAUUGUCGGCUGCAAGCUGACCUGCGGCAACACUGGAAAGCUCAACCGCAUUGCGUCAGCAACACGUGCAGCCACCGUCUCCGACCCAGGCUCCGGCUUCAUGUGCAUGGGCGGAUCCGUCGAUUUCACUCUCCAGACACUAAUCGGAGGUGGAUCCGGCAUCAUCGGCGGCAUGGCCAACAUUGCCCCCAAGACGUGCGUCAAGCUAGUUGAACUGUUCGAGUCUGGCCACCUCGCCGAAGCACGCAAGCUCCAGGCUGUCGUGGCUAGGGGUGACUGGGCUGCCAUCCAAGGAGGCAUCAUCGGCACCAAAGCUGGUCUCAUGGCUCACUACGGCUACGGUGGUUACGCUCGCAAGCCUCUGCCCAGGCCCUCCAAGGAGGAAACCCGCAAGUGGCGAGACGCCUUUGAGGAACUCGUCCAAACGGAGAACUCCUUAUAG